AUGCUCGCUCAACUCUCCUCCGCCCCCGUCCACAGCGCGUCUCUCGUCGACCCCUCCUUCCACAACCCCGCCACCCUCCAGCUGAUUAAAGUCGACCUAUCGAGGAACUUCAUUGAGUACAUCGUCGAUGCUGUCGUCGACACCGUAGACUACGCUCUCGGCCGCCCGACGUCGUCCUCGAGAGGACGUUCUUUGUCCCGCCGUCCUGAGCAUGUAAAGUUCUCAAACUUCGUGGCCGAUGUCAUCCACAAGGCCGAAGUCAAGCUCCCUUCUCUUCUCGUAACCCUGGUUUACAUCAACCGCGCAAAACCGCACCUCCAGAUCGCUCUAGAGCAGUGGGCGUGCGAGCGUGUCUUCCUCGGCGCGCUCAUCGUAGCCAACAAGUACCUGAAUGAUUCCACGCUAAAGAACGUCCACUGGGCCCUCUGCACGGGUGUCUUCGGCAAGCGCGACAUCGGUCGGAUAGAACGCGAAUUCCUUGACGUUCUCGACUUUGAGCUCGGCGUUUCCGAAGCGGACAUCCUCGUCCACCAUUCCGCAAUCAUGUCCUUCUCCCAUCCCAGCCACCACAUCCGUGCUCGCACGCUCUCGUCCGACGCGCGCGUCCGUCCAGAGUCGCCUUCUCACUCUCGCUGGAGCAGCGACUCGGACGAGAUGGACCUCGACUCUGACUCGCUCUCAUCCGACUCGAUCUCACUGCCCUCCACGCCAGAGGACGUGGUGUCAUAUGCGCCUGCCCUCGGCAAGCCAGCUCUACUCGGGUCCGGAUCAGCGCCCGUGCCGCAGUAUGUCGUCCUACCGACACCCCCACAAGUGCACACCGCGCACGCACAUGCGCAGCCCGCUGCAUAUGAUCGGGCCGAUGCGUAUAUUCCGCCAGCCGCUCCUUCACAACCUCAGCAGAAACCACGCCAGCGGAAGUCGACCGCCCUCCAACUGCUUCACUCAUUUCCUAUUCCGCAUUUCAACUCCAAGCCAGCGGCAGCACAGCCGUCUGCGCCAUCGUCAUCGUCGUUCGCGCGUAAUUCGUCGACGUCGUGUCGGCCAUUACCGCACCCGGCACUCGCGGUGCCGUCUGCCGCGUACGCGCCCCAAGUCAUUGUCUGA